AUGAAGAAGGUCCUAUCCAUAAACCAGUUCACAGGGAUAGAAGCACGGUCAUCCAUUGGCACGCCAGACCACCCCCUCGUGAACCAGGAGCAUGCGCCGUCAAUCACAGAGCUUCACGACAUCUUCAUGAGCGACGGCGUGCCGCUUGCAGUGGCAGCGGCGCAAAAAGCCAUUGCCGAGGCCAGGCUUGACCUCCGCGAGAUCACGCACGUUGUUGCAACCACGUGCACGGACAGCGCAAACCCCGGCUAUGAUCACUACGUCUGCAAGGGCCUUGGGAUCACGCACCAGGUCGAGAAGGUGCUUCUGCACGGAGUCGGCUGCAGUGGCGGUCUCGCUGCACUGAGAACGGCUGCCAACCUGGCACUAGGGCAUGCUAUGCGUGGGAAGCCGGCGCGUAUAUUAUGUGUGGCACUCGAGAUCAGCACCACGAUGGUCCGAAGCGAGCUGGACAGCAUUGACAAGCUCGGCGAGACGAGGAUAGGCGCCGCUCUGUUCUCUGACUGUGGAAGCGCAUUGGUGUUGAGCAACGGCAUCGGGGAGUCUGCUGAGCCUGUCUACGAGCUGUUAGGCUGGGAUCACAGGAUAAUACCGGAGACGGAAGAAGACCUGGGUUUUGACGUCGAUCCAGUUGGCUGGAAAGUCGUGCUCUCACCUCGAGUGCCAAAGAUUGCUGAAGCAGCCCUAAGACCAGCAUUUGCGGACCUCAUUUCUUGUCUACCUCCACUGCCUGAAGAUUUCCAGAAGGCGGAAGACUUUGACUGGGCCAUGCAUCCUGGCGGCGCAACAAUUCUGUCCGGGGCAGAGCGAGCGCUAAGUAUCAAGCCAGAAGCGAUGAGGGCUUCUUACACCACGUACAUGAACCACGGCAACUCGAGCAGCGCAACGAUAUUCAGUGUCAUGGACUGCCUACGGAGCAAAGACAUGGAUGCCAUUGCACCAGGAGGCCGACCGAAGGAUUACGUUGUGGGCUGUGCCUUCGGACCUGGAAUUGCAGUCGAGAUGUGCAUGCUGAAGCGCAACAAGGGUGUACAGAGUAUCAGCGGGCUACAGACACCUCCAGAGACUGAAAGUGAAGCCAGUGAUGAAGACGUCGCGAACCAGGCUGCCGAUUGGGAUUCCAAUGUCAUAGAGACAGCCCAGGAGAAAUCCGGCGUCGAAGACACAGCUGCUGUGAAGGUUUCUGAUGCUCAGUUCAUAAGCGAGGCGCUGGAAGGAGUUGAGUUGGAUUAG